UGUGUUGUUGUUUGGGCUGCUCUGCGGAUUUGAUCGCUGUUUCAAGGUUGCAUUGCAUGGAGCUGUUGUCAGAAGUGUGUGCCUGGGUCUCAAGUAUUUCUUUUCGUUUCGUGCACGGUAAUAUUACGUAUACGCAAUGCGUAUACGCAGGGGCGGACGCCAGUGCUGUUGAGGUUUCACUGUUACUCUUUUUCCACGUAAGCAAAUAUUUUUGAUGGCCCCAUCUGAAGAUCCGCCCCUGAAAGCAUCGAUCUUAAACGGAUGCAGCCUGUUGAUUUUUGGGAUAUUUUUUAUGGUAGUACUUAGAAGCAGUUUAUUUCAGAAGCGCUGAUAGCUAUCUGAAGAGAGGAAGGCGAAAAAUGCGACGAAAACAAAACGACAAGGUGGAAUGCAAAGAGCUGCCGUAAAUGCGAAAAUAAAUCGAACGCUCUGCGGUAAAUAUUAUCUUGUAAAAUCUGAAAAUCACGGAAAUCGUUCUGAGAUCGCCGGAAAGCGAAAUAAUGGCUCUGCUACUGGUGCACCUGCGGCGCCUCAUUUUGCUGCUGACCGUCGUUUACCUCAGCGGAGCGGUAUUCCGCCGCCUCCUCACCGAGCGGCACCACGCCCACGUCCUGCAGAGUAAUGGUUACAUGGUAUUCGGACGUCUUCGUGGUGGCGGUGGAUCCAAGGAGCCGUAUCACUUCCAGUGGUGGGCCUACAUCUACACCUGUUACGCAUACGCCGUGUUGGUCAACUACGUCAACAUGCGUCGGCUGACCAACCUUAUCGAGUUCUUCUUGAACUAAUGUUCUUCGUUUUGAGCACAGACGAUUCGGCGAAUAUAGAGAUAAAAGUUUAUGUAAAAUUAAACAGAAAACCCUCACCCC